AUGGAGUCCACAAGAAGACCCGCAGAGAGUAGAACCCGCAUGAGAUGCUCGGAGGAGGCAGACGGGAAAGACGAGGACGAAAGGAAAGGCAGAGACGGCAAGGGCAGCCGGGGCGAUUGGUCCCCAGGCUACGGCUUCAAAAUGGAGGCUGUUAACAGGAGGUGGGCGGGGGCUGGGCCUGUCUGCCUUCAAGAGUUCACUGUUCCUCUGGCCCGCCUGCUCAUGCGAGGUGACACAAAGGACAGCUACCCGCCCUACUUCCCCCAGAAAACUGGAUCUUCAACAUGGACGCCAAUGGACUUCCAAAUUGAAUCAAAUGGGGCUCACGAGGCCUCUCAGCCCAAAUGGACCUCCUGUUUAUACACUUGUCCAUCAGCUGAGUGGCGGCGUGCGUCCUCGCGUAUCCGGCGAGAUGUCCAGACGACGUCUCCGCAUGAGAACAGCCGUCCCGCGGCCCAGCUCGCCUCGACCGCACCGGCCGGCGCCGGCUCCCCGUCGCCGGGCUCCUUCCUGCCGUGCGACGCGCACCGCGGAGGCGCGUACGCAGCCGCCGCGCUGCAGCGCGACUUCGGGGAUUUCUCGUCCAACCGUCCCGCCUCGCCGCCGGCGAAACACAGCAAGUUCUUGCACGAGACUUUCAACCAGGAGCACAAGGCCGCCGUUAUAAGCGGCAAUAAGGCGCCCUUCUACCACGAGAUCCGAGAGAAAAACGCUCUCAAAAGCCUGGGCUACUCCGGCAUGGGCACCGACUGCUUCGGCAAGCUGAAGGAGGCGGGUGGCGGUUUACCCGGCGGCGACUUGCCUAGCAGCGACUUCAUCGCCGACUCCAUCGACCUGUCGGGCAAGAACAAGAAGCGGCGCAAUCGCACCACAUUCAGCACCUUCCAGCUGGAGGAGCUGGAGAAGGUGUUCCAGAAGACGCACUACCCGGACGUCUACGCUCGCGAGCAGCUCGCCCUCAGGACCGAGCUCACAGAGGCCCGAGUCCAGGUUUGGUUUCAGAACCGUAGAGCCAAAUGGAGGAAGCGGGAACGCUACGGGAAGAUCCAGGAGGUCCGCAACCACUUCAGCACCACCUAUGAUAUUUCCCUCCUACCCCGCCAUGACCCCUACCAGAUGCAGGGCAAUCUGUGGCCAGGGGCUUCAGGAGUCGUCAGCGGCGCGUCGGCUACCGGCUGCGUCCUCGGACCUGAAUCCUUACCCUCCUCCUGCAUGGGUGCGUACGCUCACCCUCACAGCAACCUGCAGGGCUUCAUGGGCAUCCCGUCGUCACCCAGCCACGCCCACCACCACCACCACCCGCCACACCAUCCGGCCAUCAACGGCCUCUACUCCCUCCACAGCUUCCCCGGCGUGGAGGCUCCGGAGAACGACUACAAGCCGACGGGCCUGAUGGCGCUGCGAAUGAAAGCCAAAGAGCCGGGCAGUAUUCUGUCAUGGCCGACAUGACCGCCACGCUACCUGACAACUUCCCCACCCACAGACACCCCUGCCACCCCCACAUCCCUGCGGCGUGCACUGACUGAGCCAAAGCAUAUUACAUUUCUGUGUAUACAGUGAGCCGUCGCUAUUCAUUGGAGUCAGGGACCACGCCCCCGAUGCAAAUAUUGAAAAUCCAAGAAUAAUUGGCUAUAUAGCAGAAACACUUUUAUAUCAAUUCAAACCCAUCUUACAGUACAAAAAAAACAUUUAAUUUAGAAAAUAAUGCAAUGGAAGUGCGGGACGCUGACGUGUAUGUCACCACUUCACAACUUGUAUUAAUACCAAUUGCUACUUUCCUAUUAGCACUUAUUACAUUUUUGACU